GGGGGGCGCGCUUCCGAGCAGCGCAGGGGAUUGUGGGUCGGAGGAGGCACCGGAGGACCAGUAUCACCACCAUCAUCUGCACCGCAGGCCGGACCAGGACGCUUCUCUCCGGACCUGUAGCCGAGCUGGGACGCGUCUGACCUGCGGCGAUGACCCGCGGAGACCUGGUGAACCGGGCGGAGGACGUAGCGGACCAGUUCCUGAGGGGGACCAGGCGGUACCUCCCCCAUGUGGGCCGGCUCUGCCUGGUGAGCACCUUCCUGGAGGACGGCGCCAGGAUGUGGUUCCAGUGGGCGGAGCAAAGCGACUACAUCGACUCCACCUGGAGCUGUGGACUCUUCCUCGCCAACGUCUUCGUCCUCAUCAACCUGCUGGGGCAGCUGGGUGGCUGUGUGUUGAUCCUCUCCAGGAACUACGUCCAUCCGUCCUGCUUCGCUCUGUUCGCUGUCAUCGCUCUGCAGACCGUGGCCUACAGCAUCCUGUGGGACGUCAAGUUCUUAAUGAGGAACCUGUCUCUGGGUGGAGGCCUCCUCCUGCUCCUGGCCGAGUCCAGAGAGGAGACGCGGAGCGUAUUCGCAGGAGUUCCUUCUCUGGGCCACCAGAGUUCCCCCAAGAACCUCCUCCAGCUGGGGGGGCGGGUCCUCCUGGUCCUGAUGUUCCUGACGCUGCUGCACUUUGACCUCAGCCUGUUCACAUUCCUCCAGAACGUGGUGGGGACGGGCCUCAUGGUCCUGGUGGUUCUGGGCUUUAAGACGAAGCUGGCGGCGCUGACGCUGGUGCUCUGGCUGCUCUGCCUCAACUUCACCGUCAACGCCUUCUGGAGCGUCGCCUCCUACAAACCCAUGCACGACUUCCUCAAGUACGACUUCUUCCAGACCACGUCGGUGAUCGGGGGCCUGCUCCUGGUGGUGGCCCUGGGCCCGGGGGGCGUCUCCAUGGACGAGAAGAAGAAGGAGUGGUGAGGAGGAGGAGGAGGAGGAGGAGGAGCAGCCUGCCUCUCUUCUAUUUAUUUCUGGUUUUACUCUGCUUCAGUCACAAUAAUGGAAUGAACUGACCUCUGACCCCUGUGAUGGCGGACGGUGCAGUGGCAGGAGGCGUCCUGCAGGUGGAGCUGUGGCCGUGAUCCCGUCUCUGUGGUUUUGUAUCAGUGUCGAUAAAGUUGUGACAAAGAGAGAUAAUUUUCUAUCUGCUGUUUUUUUAGGAGAUGUUUAAUAAAUCACACGCAUUCAGAAGA